CCUUUCUUCAUUUCCAAAGCUCCCCUCUUCGGAUUCGCCUCAUAGAGAAAAAUUUUCCGCCUCUUCGUCUCCGUCAGUGUUUUCCCCUUUCUUCAUUUCCCAAGAUCACCUCUUCGUAUUCGUCUCCUAGAGCGUGAAUCCUUCGCUCCUCUUAAUGAUGGACUCUCACGAUCACUACCUCCCUCUCCAAAAGCCCAAGCUCGAAGACGACGACGACCAUACCAGAAACAACCCUGACGGAAAACCCCAGCACCCUCAUCUAUAUUAUCUGGUUAAUAAUUGAUUCUACACUUUGUCUUUACUCUCCUUUUCAAUUUCUCUAUAUUUAGGGUUUCGUAGUAGCCCCCUCAAAAUCCUAAACGAUGCUCCUUUUAACCCAUUUACUGCAUUGCUGCUCCAUUAUCUCAGAUUGGCGAAGAUUUCAGCUCGAAUUAUUGAACGAAAUCAGGAGAUGGCCUUUCCCUGAGAACAAAAUUGAUCAGGCACCAAGGUUCAAGAUUUAAUUUUUUAAAAUUUUUUAAACCCUGAUAUGGGUUUAUUCUCAGGUACUUAUCCUAUCUCCCCUCUCUUGCACCCUGUUAUUAUUCCAUGUUCUUGCUCUUUGAGGAAAUUGAAUAAUCUUUCCAAUUUAGUUUAUAAUACGGGAUAGAUCAGUAGCUCGGUAGCCAGCUGUAUGUAUAGAUUUGUAUUUUUUUUGCCCCCUCUCCUACUCAUAAAUGUUAAUUUCAAGUUGAUGCUUUAUUCUGAUUUAAGUUUGAUUUGUAGAAUAACCCUUUUGAAAUAUGAGUGAUUUUUUGUUAAGCUCUUCCAGAUCUGAAAUAAUUCUGCUAAGCCCAUAAAUGUGUGUUUAUUCAUUUAUUCUAAGGUCGAUGCUUUCCUCUCUCUUCAAUUCCCAAAAUCGCCUUGAGAACAUUAACUGAAGGUCGACAGGUCGGUCUCUGCGUUUCAAUCCCUCUGCCUCUUGGUAUUCUCCCCGUCGAUUCUACUUCUCCAUGAUUUUUUUGGUGAGGAGAACAGGGAGCAGCUCCAAUGCGGUGAUAUUGAAGAGGUUGUUCAUGAGCAAGACUAAUAAGCCACCAAUCUCGCUCAAGAGGCUUGUCACUUUCAUGAAGGGAAAGGAGUACAAGAUUGCGGUAAUUGUCGGCCCUGUGACAGAUGAAAAGCAUGUCUACGAGGUUCCUGCAAUGAAGGUGGCAGCUUUGAGGUUCAUUGAGACUUCUCGGGCCAGGAUCAUCAAGGCUGGUGGGGAGUGCUUGAUGUUCGAUCAGCUUGCACUGAUGGAAGCACUUGGUCAGAACAUGCGCAAGUGUAUUCGGCGUCUCAGCAGAAUCUAUGCAGUGUUGUUAUGAUUCCAAAGGCAAUAGGGUGCCGACAAUCCUCUUACUCUUGCAGGAAAGGUUAUAUACACAAGGGAGAAUCAAGAAGGAAUUUUUCGAAUAAAUCCGGAGAACAACCAGGAGGAGCAUGUGAGAGAGCAGCUGAAUAGGGGAAUUGUGUCAAAUGAUAUUGAUGUUCAUUGCUUGGCUGGCCUUAUCAAGGUAUUGUUGCAGUUUGUGAUCUUAGGAAUCUAUGUAACUGAAACCUGAACUUCAACGUAGCUAUUAUAUGUAGAAACUGUUUUAACAUUUGUCUAUUUUUCAUUUUGGAUAUUUGAUGUGUGGAAAGAGAGAAAAACAGUAAUGACAAAGGACAAUAUGCUAAUUGCUUAUA